GCGCGGGAGCGCUCAACUGCCUGACCCGGAACGGUGGCUAUCGUCCUAUAUUCCCGGGGACCUGUGAGGUAACACUCCCAGCAGUACUAGCGCAAGGGGUGCCUGGGAUGUUGUGCAAAUGGCUUACAAAUAAAAUAUUUACAUCAAAUUCCAAAAUAAAAAACCUUCAUAUGAAUGAACUUGAACAAUGAGCUCUCCAGGCUAUGUCUUCUGCAAAUGGCACCAGCGUUUGUGGCCUGCAAAGGUUAUAUCAAUGGACGGCCCAGAUUCUGAGGACAGCCUGAUAAAUGUGGAAAUACUUUGCCUGGAUGAACAGUUAAAAGUGAAGGUCAAGGAUACAAAACCAAUGGAGAAGACUGAAAUAGAAAAUAUUGCAUCUAGACUUGUACACAAAGAUAAACAUCCAGACACUGCAAUAGCGGAUUUGACUUAUCGUAAAGCCCUUAGAAUUGCUUUAGACAUUUUAAGCCAAAGUUCUACCUUGGAGAGUUCUAAUCAUGCAACUCUGAGGGGGGCUGAUGACCCAAAUCAGUGUAGAGGAUCUGAUUUAUCUCAAGCUGCUGUAUCGGAGGGAACAGAAAUUGCCAAUGGGGAGAAGGGACAAGAGAAAUUGGCUAGAUUAAAGGAUGAGCAAAGCACCCCAGAAAAGAGCAGAAAAAGAUAUGUGAAAACACCCAAGAAGCAGGCAGUGACAUCUACAACAGUGUCUUCUGAAACCUCAACGAUAAAAGCUCGGUCUGCAAUAAAUUCUUCCUGUCAUCUUCAAAAUAAAAGCAGAAAACGGAAACGAGAUUCCAUAACUAAUAAGGAACAAGAUAGUGAUAGAAGGAGACCUAGAAAGAAACUGACGCACUCUGCUUCAGUUCACAUGGACACUCCAGUCUCUAAAAGGAGGUUACAGAGUGCCGGACAUUGUCAGAGGCAGUUACAGGCCAAGAUUGGUAAGAACGUUUCUGCAAAGAAGAAAUGUGCUGGUAAACAGAGCAAUGAAAGCACUUUGCAUGUUCCAGCACUGAAUAAGACCACAAAAACAAAUCGGAAAGGAGUUGAUCGAGUCAGUCAGAAAGCACAUGUAACAAAAUUGCACAAGCCUUUUUCAGAAUCACAGACAAAGCCCUGCAAGACCAAGAGAGAGUUGGGUAAUAGAUACAAGCAACUUGCCAUGCCAGACUUUGAAGAGGAGAGAGCAGGAUUGACCCCUUCAGAGUUGUCUAUGGAGAUUAGCUCACCAGAGAACUGCACUCCCAAACAGGCAUGGUCAGAGGAAGAUCCGGAGGAUGACGAAGACCUUCCAAGUGUCCUCCUUCACCAAGGUCCAGAGUCAAUUGAACCUGGGAUGUUUGUUUGGUGUAAAUACAAUAAAUAUCCAUACUGGCCCUCAUUGGUCAAAUCUGUGCAGAAGAAGGAUCGUAAAGCAGGUGUGCUGUUUGUUGAGCACUCCAUGUCAAAUCCUACUUUCAAACCAAAAGUUUACAAGAUUCUAAUUUGCAAACUGAAAUGUUAUGACUGUAACGAGAAGCAGCAGCUUCUGGCAGUAGCCCGAGAAUAUGACAAAACUAUAGAUUGGUGUGAUGCGAUUAUAUCUGACUACAGGAUCCGAGUGGGUUGUGGCUCCUUUACUGGUUCUUUCACAGAAUACUGUACUUCAGAUAUCAGUUAUCCUGUGCACAGAGAGCUUGGAUAUGCCCAGUCUGCCCAAUCUGGGAUUUUGUUUCCAGAUGCACUUUUGGAGACUACAGAUUCAGAUAUAGAAGCAACUCCCACCAAGCCUCUGGAAAAGAAAAAGCUCCUUCCCGACCGUACACGUGCAUCACGUGAUCGUGCAAAUGAAAGGCUGGUUGAGUUUAUAGUGAGCACCAAGCAAGCAGAAAGUCAUCUUCUAGCUAUCCUUGCAGGAAAGAAAAAGUCACGCUGGUUACAAGAUUUUCAGGCAUCCAAUCGCCACAUGGCCUGCAUAGAUACUUAUAUGGAAGAUGAGGAGCAAGUUUACCUUGUAGUUAGCUAUCUGCAAAGUCUGUGUGAGCAAAUGGACAGCAAAGCUCGAAAACUUAUGAACCAAGAUCAAAUGAGAUUCAUAUUGGAUGUGUUGCUUCCAGAAGCUAUUAUUUGUGCUAUCUCUGCUACAGAUCACCUUAAUUAUGAAAAAGCUGAAAAGAAAUAUUUGGACGGACCUUCUGUUAGUAAAAGGGAAAGAAAUCAGUUUGAGGAACAAAUAUUGAAAACAAAGUUACAGGAUUUGGAGAAGAGGAAAACAAAUAAUUGACCUAUUAUCACUCAUGGGAAUUGACCUACAAACAGGAUAUUUGAGUGGAACCUUUUUCUUUUUUUCUUUUCAUUUUAUUGAAUGUACACUAAAGAGAAAAUCAUUUCUUGGACUUGAGGCAUCUCAAUGGAAUUGUAGUUUAAUAUUUAAUGUCUACAUAUACUAUAGACAUAUGGUUAUGAGCAAAUUAUAUCACUUGUGCAAUAUAAUCUUGUCCUAUGAUUGUUUUACAGGGUAAAUUCACCAUGUGAGACUACAAAUUUGGUUAGCAUCUUUAUAUAGUCUGAUUAUUUUAUACUCUGCAAAGCCCAAACACACACAAUGAUCUUGUAUCAAUCUUUUUUUUUUAUUUUUAUUUUUUUUUUCUUGGUGAAAGAAUCAGUUUGCUGACAUAGAAGCAUAAGCAAAGACUGCUUUCUUUAGAAUAAUACUUUUGUUCAGUUUAGCUUGUGACCCAUUUUAUGUAGGAUGACAAACUGAAUGUACCGCUAUAAUAACUUUUUGCAGAUCAUCUCAAAUGGGACUAAUUAGAUAUAUGUAAGGGUAACUGAAGUAUCCCUUGUGCAUUUGUCAUUAUUUACAUUAUAUGUAAAUGUGUUCAAGCAUUCAUUAAGAAUACAAAUGCUGGUAUUUGAACUGGUAUGAAUUGUAAUGAUUCUAAAAAGAACAGCUUGGUUUCUUCUUCCUAGACUUUCAUUUGUGAAUUUCCUACAGCUGAUUCUUUUUGUAAAAGAGGAUCUGGAUCAUGGUAUCAAAUUACUGCAAAGCACCACUUUUAAUUCUAAAAAUGUUAGUGAAGGAUUUCUGUAGGCCUUGUCUUCACAACUGGUUUGCUUUGCCAAGUGAAUGUGUUUACAGUUUAAUGGCAUAUCUCACCUGUAAACCUGAGCAUGAAUUAUUUUUAACAUAUAUGUAUUUUUUAUAUAUGGGGGGAUGGGCUUUUUUAUAAUGCAGUGGGUAUAGAAGUCACUAAACAUGCCUACUUUCUUAAGGUGUUUUUCUUAGUCUCCUUCUUUGCGAUCCUAUGUUUUGUAUCUCUGUGUCUGUAAUUGUGUGUUAAAUUUCGAAUGGAGCAAGUUGGUUUUUUUCUUUCUUUCUUCAAAUCUAGAUGUCAACAGUUAUCAAUUGAUACAUUCAUGCAAGACAACCAUCUUAACAUCAUUCUGGAGCAUGUUUAUUUUUGUCUAAGAUGCAUUUUAUUUUUUAAAGUGUGUUCACAGCCACUUUCUUCUGACUAAAAUCCCCUUUGCUCUAAGUGCUCUCUAGUCCUUUUACCCUUAUGCUGCUUUUAAUGUCAAGACUGUGUCCUUGUCACAGAAUGUCUCAGGAUGUAUAAUGUUUUAAUCAGUGCAAGAAGGUGAAACUAUGUUGGAAGAAAUAACUUUAUUCAGUG